CCCGCCCCUUUGUCCUUUCGAGCCUUGGUCAGAGGCGGUGGCGGCUGCCGGGAAGAAAGGUGCGCGAGGCGGAGCAGACCAAAACCUGAAUUGGAAGCAAGUUAAGACGGAAAAACAAGCAUUGCAUGGAUGACUUGGGGAGACACUGAGGAACGUGUUGUCUUACCGAUCAGCAUUCAAGGCACAAUGAAGCACCCAGUUAUGUUUUUGAAACAUUGAUGUUUUUGCUGUUUACCAUCAGCCAUGUGUUCUGUGGCUUUUUUGUUGGUCGAUGUUCUUGAAUGAGUCCUCAUUGUUGCCAUAAGAGAAAAAUGCAGGGGCGGAAUUUGGUGGAGGGGCACAAUGCUGUGGAGAUUUCAGGCCAGUCCGUUUUGAAAGCCCUGUCAGCAGAGAUGUGUGCCAUUUCUCUCAGAGAAAACAUGGAUGGAGCUGAUGUACAUCACUUAAGUGAAAAGAGAGAUCUUGAUGAAAGCUUGGAAGUUAACAUGGUUCAGAAAAGCCUUCCCAGCAAAAGUGGCAGUGAAAGAAUUUGUGAAGCAUCUUUGGAGAGUCCUUCAGAUACCAGCAUAGCAGAGUCCAACAACAGCUGGGGUGAUUUCGAAGGUUUCAGUGAGGUCAAGAUGGAGAACUUAAGCAACACUCCAGAUUCUUUAGAGAAGUCUCAUGAAAAACAAACUGAUAUGAAUGAUGCAGAGGUAGCUGCGGCUCACUCCACUACCUCAGUCAGACUGUUGUUUUCCAAAGCAUCUGAGCACGGUAGAAGAGAAACUUUUGCUAAUGUUCCAGCGAAGGCUGUCUGCAGCUCUGAAGAUAUCAUUAAAAUGAGCUUUCCCGAAGUUCCUGUACCUCAGUUCUUGGAGCAAAUAAGCAGCUUGGAGCAGGUUCUUGAUACAAAAGUGGAAGAUGCAAACAUUCCUGAAUGUACAAAUAAACAACCUUGCACAGACUCAGCAACCUUAUGGAAAACUCUUACUCACUCCAGUAACCCUUCUGCAUUAAGAAGCUCUUGGGAUGAAUCUCAUUAUCAGGAAAACCUUUUAGCUGUGCUGGGGAUAGAUGUUCAUCAAAAGGCCCUUCUAGACGGCAAGGAUAUUUUGGACAGCGGAGAAAACAUAGACUCCGGUGUUGACAAAUUCAGCUUUGGUACAUGUAAAGGACUAAUUCAAACGAAGCUUUCUGUAUCUCCUGAUCCGAGACAAAGCCAGCUCUUCACUUAUAACCUAUUUUUGAAGAAGACCCCAUCUGGUGGAAAUAUGCAAUAUAUCACAGUUCCACAAAAGAAGAGGAUUUUUACUACCCAAAACCUAAGGAUGAAAAUGUUUAGCAGCAAUAUUUGCUAAUACAAAUAUUUCUUUUGUUUUACCGCUUUCUAAAAAAAGAGAGAAUAUAGUAUUACUAAUUUUUGAGAUGAGAAAUGCUUUUGGGGGAAGGAAACAAAACUUCAUCUGUUUCGCUUCCUUCUACAGCUGGGAAGAUGGUUUGGUCAUGACACCCCUCCCCCCAAAUUGCUCAUAAUUCAUAAAGUUUUAGCUCAUGGUAGGCUAGCUAGAAUUAUGCUUUUAAAGGCAGAGGAUGUGCUGUGUCCUGCUGAUUCGUUCCUGCUAUAAAACAUCUUUGUGGGGCUAAAUGGCAUUUUUCAAACUUUUCUACCUGCGCCCUUAAUUAAAAGCCGUGUGUUGUGUUUGCGUGCCUUGUCACCUCUUUUUUCCUCUGCUGGUUGCUUCGGUGCAGGCGAUGAUAUUUGUACCUUUUACUCCUUCCUGCGGUCCCGUUCAUCCCAGCUUCCACCUCAGGUUAUGAAUUUAACCAAGUUACGAAGGGGCUUUUUUGCUUACCAUUUUUUCUCUCUUUCCUGGUUUGCAUCUGACUUUUGUGCAACUCACCCAGCAUCUUAUGGGGUUAGAGGGAAAUUCUAAGGUGAUUGGCAGGAGGCUAGGUUCUUCUGUUGAACUUUGUGGGUGUGCAUAUAUUUACACGGUUAACUUUCUCCUGGCAACUCUGCAAGAGUGAUUGUCGCAUCACUUGGGAAAACUUGCUGGCAUGAAUUGCCUGGGACUUCCCCCCAGUGUUCAUUUAGUAAGAGCAAAGGAUGCCCUCAACAUGAGAAGUCUUGCUUACAUGUCAUGUAAGCACAUUUUAUAUUUGGGGUGUUCAUAACAUUAUAGUCUUGUUCUGCUCUAGCAUCUCCCUUCCUUCUGUACAUGAUUUCACUUCAUAUCCCAUCUACAUCUGACCACAUGUCUUGUAAUAGGUCAAGUGGAGCACCUUUCAUUUACUGCAAGUUUGGGCAGUGGCACUGAGCUUGGAGUCUGCCACCUGCUAAGACCCUGGGGUUGAGAAUUGCUUGCUUUCCAAACUUUCUCCAUCCCUUCUGUUCCAUUAAGGUACUUGCAACUCUCUGUCACACAGACAAGGCAAAUGGAUUCUCCUGCUUGUGUUUUAUAUUUCUAUUAACCACUUUACAUUUUGAAGAUGUGUGAAAUCCUUUAAGGCCUUUCAGGCCACAUACUGGGACUGGUCCUGGAGCCAGGACAAGUGAUGGCUGAGCCAAGGGCCUGUCCCAGCACUGCAGUAAACAAAUGCCAGUGUGAACGCAGCUUAGUUUACAUUGAACUGGAGUUAAGAUCUCUGUGAGCUGAGUUGUCAGUUUGGAAGUAAAACCUGUUUGGUCCUCUAGUCCAUAUGGAAGACACUUUUAUGUACUAAUUUUAAUAGCAACUGUUCAGUUCAACUUCCAGUAGCCUUGUGUAGUAACUGCUUUGUAAUGGAUGGGCCAAAACAUGUGGUGGAAAAGAUUACAAGCUCUCCCAUGCAUGUGGGAACCUGUCCGCACAUGUGUGGGAGGAGCCUUGCUGACUGGAAGUUUGAAAAAUCCAGACCCUUUACAGGACACAUAAUGAAGAACAAGUCUGCACUGAUUUUUUUUUGUAACACCGCCUUUAAUAAAAUAUUAAUACCAA